UUCAGAGAGAGGCGAAGAAGGGAAGCCCUUUCGUGAUCGGCAAGUUCUCGUUCGAAAUGGCGAAGAGGAAGAUGGAGUGGGCCGCCAGCGGGACCCACUUGCGAGGAAUGCCGAGGAGGGUGGUGUUCAUGGCCGUCGGAGCGUUCGCCAAGGCGGUGGCGAACCUCCUCAACACCACCACCGUCCACAACGCCGACACCCUCCUCCGCCUCGUCCGCCACCGCCCUCCCGGCGUCCCUCUCCUCACCGUCAGCAACCACAUGUCCACGUUGGACGAUCCUGUGAUGUGGGGAUUCAAGGGAUUUCCCACCAUGGAUGCAAGAAUGGCCCGAUGGGUACUAGCUGCUGAAGACAUUUGCUUUAAAAAUGCAGUGCUCUCAUAUAUUUUUCGACUUGGGAAAUGCGUACCUAUCACCAGGGGUGCUGGUAUAUAUCAAGAACACAUGAACGAAGCUCUUGAGCGAUUAAGUGAUGGAGAAUGGUUGCAUACAUUUCCAGAAGGAAAAGUGUCCCAAGAAGAUGGACCUAUACGACGAUUAAAGUGGGGAACUGCUAGUCUAAUUAAUCGAGCCCCUGUAACUCCAAUAGUCCUGCCGAUCGUUCAUCAUGGACUUCAAGAGGUUAUGCCUGAAAACUAUUUCCAUGGCAGAAGACCUCUUCUCCCCCUAUGUAAUAAAAGAAUUAAUAUUGUUGUAGGUGAGCCAAUUGAGUUCAACCUUCCUAAAAUGAGGGAAAUGGCAAUAACUACUUCUCGUGACUUUUCGCUUCCUACUUUGGGAUGGCCUAGUGCAUCUCCAUGUGGACUUGAUGAGGCAGCACAGAGAUCUCUGUAUAAUGCUAUAUCAGAUCGAAUUCAAGCUGUUAUGGAGAGCUUACGCAUUUUUGGUAAAAAAAUUUUAAUGCCAUAAAAUUAAGGGCUGCCCCUUUUUAGUUAAGCCCAGCCAAAUGAGUUUUAACAAUUCGCCGGAAUUUUGACGGCACCGGUAUGUUCCCUUGCAGUUGAUGAUAGAAUAAGAAUAUUUUUUCCGUUCAUUUUGUCUGUCUAAUUUAUUCAUAUACUUUAGUUGUGGCUCAAGAAGCGGCAGAUUCUUUUUGGUCAUGCCUUCUAAAUUAUGGAGUGCAUCAGGCUAAAGCUCCAUAUUGAAGGAUAGACAAAGCAUGUCUUGAAGAAGCGGGCAACAAAUCUUGUUCUACAUUUCUAUCUUCGUAUGUGCUCAUUUUAGAUUUCAAAAUUCAUCUCCAUAUCAAUC